GUCUGCAUCUCGCCCAAGCCGACCAGCAACCCCAGAUCCCGGCAGUGUCCCAUCGCCCAUGAACGCCCGCGACACUCUGCAGAACAGUAGCGACGCUCUGGCCCUCGCAGAUCCGGUUCCGGAGGCUGCGUUCCAGACAGCCACAUCCGGGUCUCCUGCCGACUCGCCGCCGCUCACAAGCAGCUCCCCCGAGACCAGCGACCUUCCGUUCUUCAUCAGCCGAGACGAAAUCCAUCCAGAAGAAAUCCAAAACAACAUGGAGUGGUUCCCGACGAUCACAUCAACGCUCACCGGACACAAAGCCCAUCCACGGUCCCUGCUCAAGACCCCAGAGCGAUACGUCAAGAUCCGCAACCACAUUCUGGAUCUAUGGGAUACUGUGCGGCCCGAGUACCUGACCAAGACCCGGGCUCGGAGGGGCCUCAAUAACGAAGGAGAUGUCAACGCCAUCAGCCGUAUCCACUCGUACCUGGAACAAAUCCAGGCCAUCAACGUCGGAUGCAACAAUCGCGGAAACGCAAGGCCGAUCGUGCGCACGGCCAACCCCAAGCCCGUAUCGGCCGAGCCAAAGGCAAAGAAGAACACAGGACACAACUCGCACCCAUCCACUGGAGGCAAUGAUCUCCUAGACGACGCCCUGGCUGAGGAAAUCGGAUUGAAACGCAAGCGACGAGUUCGUGAUGAGAAUGGCGAAUGGAUCGACGAGCGGGAUCUCGGCGGUCGGGUGAUCGUUCACGGCGAAACAGAUGAUGAAGAUGCCUCGACAGCAACGCAGCAGACAUCAAGCCGAGCAAUGAAGCGGAAGCAUGCCGCAUACGGCUUUGAUCUGCCAGCAUACGAUCCUUUCCGGCUGAUACCUCCGAUGGAAUACACCACACACUCCCUCCGAUCCUCGGAUGAUCACAUCUGUCCUCCCUUCCAUGUCAACGUCUCAUCGAAUGCGCUGCUAUUGAUGGAUCUCCACUCCCACCUGGCCCACACCGAAAUCAUCGGGUUGAUAGGCGGUCGAUACGAUGCAGAGGCCAAGGUCUUGAGCUUAACCGAAUGCUUUCCAUGCCGGAGCACGAGCACAAGCAUUCAGUGCGAGAUGGAUCCUGAAAGCGAGAUGACGGCACGCGAGGAGUUCGAGCAGAAGGGCAUCCAAGUCGUGGGCUGGUACCAUUCGCAUCCGACCUUUGAGCCCCAUCCAAGCAUUCGCGACAUCGAGACGCAGGCGUCGUAUCAGACGCUAUUCAAGCGCGACGAUGGCUCAGAGCCCUUUGUUGGCGUGAUCAUCAGUCCGUACGAUCGGGAAUCUCCUCAGUACGAAUCCAAGUUUCAGUAUCUGACGGUAUCCGACGAAUGGAGCUCGCCUCAGAAGGAGUAUCGUUUGCCUUAUGCCUGCGACGUAACCAUCGUUCCUUCAGAGUCGCUGACGACAGAACUUCAGUCGCGAAUGGAAGCGCUAUUGGACGAGUAUUCGACAUAUCCGCACCGCGUUGAUUUCUCGUCAACGUACAAACCCACGGAUCCAAUCACUCGGAUUGAGAAAUUAGUGAAGAGCCUGGGCGAACAUCUGGCCCGGCAGGGUGACCAAGUUGUGGCCGAGCAGUGUCUAAGAAGCAUCAAGGAGAGGAUCCUCAGGAUGAUCUAGUCUGGGACAUGACAAGCGAGCGAAUGUGCCUCGGGUGUCCACAAGAAUGUCGUGGCAUAUCAAUAUACAGCUGCAGGUGCAGAGACAAA